AUGUCGUACUAUCAGUUUGAUUCAUUUCAUGUCAAUGUCGGCAGUGGCGAUGGCGCCAUCCAUAUCCUCUCGUCUCCACUGCAAAAUGGAGGGCGAAAGGUCGAGCGAGCAUUCUUUAUAGAUGGUGGACGGACCACGGCCAAGGCCUACAUCAAUCUCACGAUCGCGCGGAUCCAAGAACACUUUUUCUGUCCAAAUCCAUACGACGAUGGAAGCUUUCUCAUGUUUGACGCGUUCGUCAUAACGCAUUGGGAUGGCGAUCAUUACGAUGGCGUCAUUGCCUUCCUCAAGGAUGAAUUGGUUCAUGUCGAUAACCGGCAGGAUCCCGAGGCGUACUACAUAAGGCGCGCAUGGUAUGGAUGGCCAACCAACCCGACCGAUCCCAAGCAACCGCACACUGUUAUAUACACGCCAUGGAAGUGGCUCGGGGGAAACGGGUUCAGUGUCAUCGGCAAUCACCUGGCACGGGAAAACUUAUUCGGCACCGGGUAUAUUGGCACGAAUCUCUUGGUCGUUCGAACCAACUUCGAGAACCUACUUGGACGCAAUUUCCUCGCACAGGACCAACAGGGAGGAACGCCGCUGGAUCUCAACAACAUGAAAACAUUGCCCGCUCUCCUCCAAAUGAAUCCGGUUGAGAACCCCGUACAGGGUGUUGGAGAGAACUUUGAGAGCUGGCCAGCAAUGUACUGCAUUGCUGCAGAAGGGAUGCCGCUCACCCGAAAGAAACUACCUCUGGGACAUCACACCGCCAAGAACAUGUCGAGCAUUGUGUUUAUUCUGAUAUGGAGGAUUCGACCCAACCCCGAACGGUACAUCAUUUCGCAUUACUUCGCGGGGGAUGCACCUGGGAAUCUGGAAUUGGAGCUUAAGAACUUCAUGGAUGGUUGGGCGCCCAUCUCGAUGAAGCUGAGCCAUCACGGUUCUGCAUCGUCGAAUCCGGCCUCCAACUUCCUUGCCUGGAACCCUACUAAUAUCGUAGUCUCAGCGGGAGUGCAGUACGGCCAUCCAAGAUGGGAAAUCCUGUUUGCGAUGGAUGCAUGGUUUCGACAUGAACAAGCCAACAACGGUGGGAAGGCUCGUCCUUUCUACCCUUGCCAGUGGCCGUCUUACCUUGUGCAGAAUGCGGCAGACGCAUACAUGCACCAAGGAUUCAGCAUCGCUGAGCUCAAGAAUAACGACCCUUCAGGUUUCGUUCGGUUUGUUAUGAAGAAUCAUGAACAAAUGCGUGACGAGCGCAUCAUGUCCGGACAGGGAUUGUAUCUGGACAACCCCGUUACGAUGGUCGAUGUUAGAAGGACACUUUUCAAAGACCGCUAUGGGUAUGAGGCACCUGAUGCGGAAGUCAAGCAAUGGGUUUCUGAAUCCAUCGAGAUCAUGAUGACUAAUUUGAGUCCAUUGCCCCGUGAUGGUCAAAUAGCCGACGAAGUCUGUGUCGGAUACAAGGGAUACAUGUCUUUUUUCGGGUUGUAUUAUGAGGAACCCGUAUACGAAACUGUGCCAUGGUCGGACGUUGUUGCCAUCCAAGUGACGGCCGUACCAGAAACUGGGAAGCUCGGCCAAAUUGCGAUCAUAGGAAUCAACGGACUAGGGAUGCUUACUGACAGACGAUUUGGGGCUGUGGAUACUGUGGCCGAAAAGUCGGAAGUAUUGCUGCCUGCCACCUGCUCUUCGGCGCUUGGUCUGGCAAACCUCACAGGUCCAGGCACAGCAGUUGCCGUGAGUCCCUAUUCAUUCAAAGGAGACGAUCGUCCCAAGGCGAUUGACACCUCAACCGGCAAUCCAAAAUGGCCAGCUAAGAGUGAGUUGGGACACCUGGACGAGCCCCGGUCUCGGCACAAGGGCCAGGACGCACGACGCACUGCGACGGGUCUUCAAGCCGGCAAGGAUGACUACUCUCUGGAACCGUGGAUUGAGGUUCGUGGUGCCGAAGACUGGAGUUUCCUGUCCUCGGACUCGGAAGGAGAAACGGAUGGCGAUGAUGAAAGUGAAUUGUUCAAUCGGUUAUCCCUCAACGGCAGAACUCAGAAGUUGGGCGUUCUCGCUGAACCACAGAUGCGGGCUCCAGUGAUUUACCGAGAGGUCCCCACGCACAUCACUAAGGCAGCAGUGUAUCUGGCUUGUGAGAAGGUGAAUUUUCCAGAAGGCAGUCAGGGGUACAUCCUCCUCAAGGACCAGCCCAUUUACGGCUUCACCGAUACCCUGCAUUAUCGAGGCUUUGGUCUCGCUGAGGUUCCCGACAAGGUUCACAACACGCCACUGGACCCCGACGAUGAACUGUAUCACUGGCUUGGUACUUUCUGCGGAUGGGACACGAACCAGCCUGUUCCCAAUGGCUUUGCCCUUAGCAUGUGCAAAGUCGCCGACUGGCCAAUCGACCCGAGCAAGAAAGAAAAACAAGACUUUGCAAUGACGGUGCCUUAUAUCGACGGGCAACGGCUCCAAUUUAGCACCAGCACCGGCGCAGAAUACACCUUUUCCAAGGUUGAAGAAGGCGACAAGACUGAUAAGUCCGUCACAGCGACUUCCCUGCGAAAUAUGCACAUCAGCCGACGGUCUUUGAUAUUUGGAUUAGAGGAUAGCGCCGCACUGUUGAAGACGACUCUGGCGGAUAUCGCCAAGUUCAUCCGCCUUGAUUUGGAUCGUUAUCCUCUGCUCAAAUUCCUCGGCUCGCAGAUGAAGCUCACCCUGGACACGAAAAAGGACUUUCACAAUGCCUUGUGGUUCCGACCGGGGUUGGAGUACGAGACCAUCCUCCGAUUGCAGUUCCGUAUGGACAUGACGAAGUUCAAUGAAUGGCUUCACACAUUCAAUGCUAACCUGUCCGUGGACGACGUUUUGUUGAUUGCCCGCAAAAGAGCGGCCUGGAUGUGGAAAACGAAACAGGACGGCGCAUCCUUCAACAGCUCCAUUGCCUGCUUAUGCCGCAUGACGAUCUCGUCCAGCCUCCAGCUUACUGGCGUGUUCGAGCUUUCCCAGACUGCCGUGAUGCUGACAUUGACCUUAGACAGCUCUUCGGGCACAGCUGAGAAUAAGGCUCUCCGAGGGCGCAACGGUGCUGUGAGCAGCAUCAUUCAGUGGCUGACUGAUAAGUUCAGCAUCACGAAAGCGUCGGAACUGGAUGAGUUGCUCAAACGGGCUGCCGACUCAAAUUCAGGUGCACUGGACAAUGACAGUAUCUUACCUCGGAGAGUGCAGGUGGUACUUGACGUUGAUGCGAAUGGCAAGAUCUCAGGUGUCAGUGCUGCAACAAUAGAUAUCGAGGUAUGCUUGACUGUUGGACGUCCGGAAGCGGCAGUGCUGGCGAAGAUGCCCAUCGUGUUCCUCUUCUCUUUUGGGUGGAAUAAGACUUCGGGGUUCUAUCUCAAAGGCAAACUUUGGACAGUCAUUCCCGAUACUCCCUUCACACCUUACGACCGGGCACUUCCUGGCUUCGAAGAAUUCCAACUUAUCAAACCUGUAUCACCCGUUGACCCCCAGAAUCAACAGCGAACCCUCGAUCUAGCUCGCCUCCUUUCGGCCAAGGAAAGUGACGUUCAGAAUUUUCCUGCUGGUAUCCCCAACAGAAUCAAUCGUUGCGAGAUUGAGAUAUCUCAGAAGAACAUUGGAUUCAAAGGAGCCGUCCGAUGCUCGCCUCCUGAAGAUAGCGGUCAAACGACCCCACCACUGAUUUCGCUUGACGAACUGGAACUCGAAGCAUCGUACACGUGGGGAACAAAAUCGCCUUCUGAUGACGGCUUCAAACUUCGUUUGGCCAUUGCGGUCAAUUUGUACUUGGGCGGCAAACUGGAUGAGAAGAAGGACCUUGAUGAACAAUACAACGCUGCUACCAAACUGCUUGGCGAAGUGAAAUACGACAAGGGCGCUUGGAGUAUCGAGGCUUCCGUGAUCAACCUCUCUUUCUCGCACCUGAUCAACUUUUGGGACACCGCGGAUCGAGGUCCUAUAAUGGAUUUUCUGUCGCAAAUCAACAUUGACUUCGUGACGGUCAAGUACGAAUUUGGAAACAAGGGUAAAAAUGCUGGGCUCCCGAGCAGUCUCCAGAUCCUCGGCCAGUUCACGAUCGCCGACGUUGCAGAGCUGACGCUGGACUACUCCAACCCCGGGGGCGAUCGAUGGACGUUGACGGCCGGCUUGGGACCUUCUGCAAAGACCAAAGAUGCAGCAACCGUGGGCAAGCUACUAGCCGGCUUCAUGGGAGAAGACGUGAUUGCUCUGUUUCCUGAUGCCAUCAAGUCUGCCAAGAUUGAAGGUGCCGACGGUCAAAAGGCUCUCCGCGUUAUAUGUGCCAAAACAAAAGGGGUGACGAUCUUUGCGUGCCUCGUCAACGUGGGAAAGGUUUCAGUUUGGUUCUUGCAACUACGACAGGGCGACGCCGCCCCGAAGAGAUUGCUCAAAGCAACGGUCAGUAAGGUCUCGGUCGAGGUGCCGGCACUUCACGCCACGUUGAACAGUCCCUGGGAAGAUUUGUUCUUCAUGUGGGUCCAAGAUACCACCAAGAGAGAGGUGGGCGAUAAUGCUCUGCCGGGCAUCACCCAGCAGGAAUACGACAGUCUGGCUGAAGUGUUGAAGACCCAAGCCUCGAUAGCCGAUCAAGAGUUGUUAUUGUUCAAACCUCGAGCGAAGAGGCAAACGAAUUCUUCGACCUCUGGCCUGUGCACGUUCGAUGACCCUCCCAUCGAUAAGACCACGGUCAUUCCGGCUGGAUAUCACCUUGUGGUUGUCGCCAAAGACACUACUGGAAAGGUCGGUGUCGUCUUGGACUAUCUUUUUAAACAAGCUGUGAAAAGGACAGCUCCAGAAGAUCGUCUCGCUCUGGCAGAGCUCGCUCCUCCGGAUCCAAGUGGUUCAGAAAAGGGCACAAAGGCUCCUUAUCAGGCCAAGCUGGGCCCUCUGUCGGUGAGCAACAUUGGCCUCUGGUUUAAAGAUGGCAUGAUUGGGAUCAACCUUGACGCCACGCUUUCAAUGGGCCCCAUCGGGCUCUCCCUCCUGGGCUUCAGCAUUGGAGUGCCCUUCUCCGGGAAACAUUCUCUCGACAAUCCUCCUUCGAUCAGUGAAGUGCAAUGGGGCCUCAAAGGGUUGAUUGUCGCACUCGAUCGCCCUCCACUGACAGUUGCAGGUGGGUUCAUGCGCGACACGUCCGACCCAAAAGUUCCAAUCAUGUAUACGGGUGGUCUUGUCGUGACAUUUAAGCCGUGGUCGCUCGAGGCCAUGGGAGCGUUCGCGACAGUGAAGAAAACCCCCACGCCAUCGAGCCAAUGGAUCACUACUAUCGAUAUGAAGCCCUUGAACCAAUGGUGCCUGUCGUCUGGUCACGAUACCGACGAACUGGUGGAAUUUGGAGAUGCCAAAGAGUUCACCUUUGCAUUCAUAUUCGUCAAGCUGAACGGUCCUCUUUUCUCGGUCGGGUUCGCCGACGUCGCCGGUCUGGUCGGUGGCUUUGGAAUGAACUCAGACAUCCUGCUCCCCACGGUCGAGCAGGUGGUCAACUUCCCUUUCGUUAAGGAACGAGACAAUACAAAGCAACAGUCAAUAGUGGAACGGAUGCAGAACCUGAUGGACGGACCCUGGUUUACGCCCGCCGAGGGACGCUACUGGGCCGCGGCCGGCCUACGCGUGACGGCAUUCCAGAUGAUCGCUGCCAACCUGGUUCUGGUCAUCCAGUUUGGAAAUGGUUCGUUCCUCGUCGGCCUCUUUGGUGUGGCCACAUGCGACGUGCCUUCUCUGGAGUCUCCGGUCAAGUUCGCUCACGUGGAGCUGGGCAUUGUUUGCACGUUUGACAGCAACAGUGGGAUCUUCAAGCUCGAGGCACAGCUGUCACCUCGUUCAUUCAUUCUGGCUCCCCAGUGCCAUUUGACUGGAGGCAUGGCAUUGUUCGCCUGGUCCAAGGGGGAUUAUAGUGACGCUGAUCCCAACCAGAGGGUCGAGGCUGGCGACUGGGUCUUUACCAUUGGCGGGUACCAUCGAGCGUUCCACCCGCCACGUGCUUAUCCCCGUCCUCCGCGUCUCGGAAUCAGCUGGUCUCUGGACAGUAGUCUGAGCAUUACGGGAGAGGCGUACUUCGCGUUGACUCCCAAAGUCCUGAUGGGCGGAGGACGAAUUCAUGCGGCGUUGAGCCUCGGCGCGCUAUAUGCGUACUUUGAUGCGUUCCUGGACUUCCUUAUGAACUUUGAACCGUUCUUCUUUCAGUUGCAGGCUCGAAUUGCCGUGGGAGUGCGUUUCACACUCGACCUGUGGCUCGUCACGAUCCGGAUCAAUGCUGAAAUCAGCGCGUCGUUAGAUUUCAAGGGACCACCCUUCGGAGGAGUCGUACACGUCGACUUUUGGGUGUUUGGAUUCGACAUCAAAUUUGGCUCACCACCAUCUCCUCCGCCACCCAUUUCCCUGGAGCGGUUCUGGGCUGUUGUCAUCAAGUCUGGUGCCUCCGGAAAGAGUCUUCUCGCAGCACCAAUUCCUGAAGCCGAUGGGCAUGGAAACAUCAACACAGCAGACUCAGCGGACACAGCUGCAAUUUUGCUCACGUGUGAGACCGGGUUAUUGCCGCCUCUAGAAAAAGAGCAAGCUUCAAAGGCAGAGCAUCUCCAUGCCAAGGAUGAGGACUCUGGUACGUGGUAUGUCAAAGGCGGCAAGUUCUCCAUGCUGGCGACUUUCCAGUUCGCAUUGAACAGUGCGAGACUCACCGAAAAACGCACCAUCCUUGAUCAGUCAGGCAAGGAAAUCGCAGAGGAACGCGCCUCGGAUGCGCCGAUCGACAACAAGUACAAAGCCGUGUAUGCCAAGCCCAUGCAACUCGCUUCCACCCCUUUGACCUCAGCGGUCACGAUCAGCGUGAAGGCCCCCACACCCAAGGGUCUAGCAACGGUGCAUAUCAUGGAGACAUGGAAGGAUCAGCGCUGGAAACUCGGAACACGAAUCUCGCCCAUGCCGAGCUCGAUCUGGGGCGAGUACGACCGCAACCUCGACCCCAGUGUCGUCGGAGGUGCCAUCGACAGUCUAUUGAACGGCAAGGACGCGACCGUGGCCCUCGUGACGGGGGUGACGAUGGUUCCCCCGGACCCCGCGCGCGCAGGGGACGUGAUCAACAAAUUCAACGUCACCAGUGACCACGUCAGUACCGUGUACGAGCCCCAGAAGCCUGACUGGCCGUUAUUCAUCGGUGUUCUCGAAGAGCAAGACAAGGCGUGGACCCCGCGCGGCCGUAGCUUCAAAUGGGACGAGGUCCGCGACAAAUGGCGCUCCGUCGGGGACGAAACGACGACCAAGGCAGUGGACCUCUGGGCCAAGCGGCUCCGAUUUGACAAGGACAGUGUCGAGGCAGACCAGAAGGAUGAGAGGCUCAAGGGCAAGUUCAAGCCGUUGCGAGGAGUCGCGCCGAAAAAGCUACUGUGCAAGUUUGACCUUUUGGUUCCUGCGUUGCCGAUGAUUGCUGUGGGAAGUCACAGUACGGAGUAA